CUCAAGUGCAGCAAGAGAGAAGAGGAUGCCCGAAAUACCAGCAGUGCUCCUUUUUAAUGUCCGUGUCUUGUUGCUUUCAGCGGUGCAAAUGACCUGGGCAUGAUGAUGUGUGAUCAGGGGAGCGCAUCCGCGUGGCUCAAUGGCACUGGAGUUCACACUCCACAGCCAUGUGAGGAGAAAAUACUACUGGAGGAGAAUACUGGGAACUGUAGCGGCGGUUCCACCAGCAACUUUUCACUCCACUGCUGGCUCCAACUGCUGACCAAGGAAUCUAUCGUGGAGUUUCAAGGUGACAACUCCAGUUUACUGGUGCGUGUGAUGAUAGCGUGUGUCUACUCAGUAGUUUGUGCCCUCGGGCUAGUUGGGAACUCACUGGCUCUCUAUCUGCUGCAUUCACGUUACAGGCAGAAGCAAUCAUCCAUCAACUGUUUUGUUAUGGGACUGGCUGUCACAGACCUGCAGUUUGUUCUGACCUUGCCUUUCUGGGCUGUGGACACUGCCCUGGACUUCCGCUGGCCAUUUGGCAGGGUCAUGUGCAAAAUAAUCAGCUCGGUCACCAUCAUGAACAUGUACGCGAGCGUUUUCUUCCUCACCGCAAUGAGCGUGGCGCGUUACUAUUCAAUCGCUUCGGCGCUCAAGAUGCACAGCCGGAGGGCGGCUGCUGCGCGGGCCAAGUGGACGAGUCUGGCCAUAUGGGCAGUUUCUCUUUUGGCCACAUUACCUCAUGCCAUCUAUUCAACAAGUGUCCAGGUUUCUGAUGAAGAACUUUGCCUUGUUCGCUUCCCAGACUCAGGCAACUGGGAUCCGCAGCUUCUCUUGGGCUUGUACCAGCUUCAGAAGGUCCUGCUGGGCUUCCUGAUUCCCCUCAUCAUCAUAAUAGUCUGCUACCUACUUCUGUUGCGGAUCGUCCUCAACCGUCGCAUCGCAGGAUCAGCAGGACCAGAGGUGGAGCAGGGCCGGCAAAGGAGGCGCUCCAAAGUGACCAGAUCAAUCAUCAUUGUCGUCCUCUCCUUUUUUCUGUGUUGGCUUCCCAACCAAGCGCUGACUCUUUGGGGUGUGCUCAUUAAAUUUGACAUUGUGCCCUUCAGCAAUGCCUUUUACAAUGCGCAGGCCUAUGCUUUUCCUCUGACAGUCUGUCUGGCACACACCAACAGCUGCCUCAACCCGGUGCUCUACUGUCUAUUCCGACGGGAGUUUCGAGCUGGACUCACUGAAAUUUUGCUCCACGCCACACCGUCAGUCCGAAGACUGACCCAACAUCUGAGACGCAAGUCAAAAGUAGCAGAGGCUCCACCCGUCCUGGUUCUGGUCCAAAUGGAUGUCUGACUACAGCUACGACUGGUGUGCCAAUCCUCCCACAGAGGCGUUGUAAAUAUGUUCAUUCUCAUGGUCGGAAGAACAAGGAAGAGCAAAGGCUCAGUGAGAGGGUGACCCACUUUCACUUAUGUUCUGACUCUGCUUUUGAAACGAUAGCUUUACUGAUCCCAGGUGACAAGUUGUAAAUAUAGAAAACUGUCAAUCAGAGUGUUUCUGCUCUGAAAAGAAAAGCAGCAACAUGCCACUCAGCAUUGAUUUUGCAUAAAAUCUGACAGAUUGUGUUGUUGGUAUAUGUGUCGUAGAAACAUGUUCACAUAAAAAUCUGAUUGGAAUUUAUCAUUUGUUUAUCUGUUGUCAAAACCUUGGUGUCCAGCAUAUGUCACACUAUUUGGUCGGGUGGAUGUGGAUGAAAAAGGCUUUUAUUUAUUUAUUCCAUUUACGGUGUUUGAUGUAUUUAAUAUUGUGGCAAUGGAUAGUAUCUUUCUCUCAGUGGGUAAAGAACAGCUAAGG